CAUAUAAUGUCGAAAAAGUGUUUUUUAGCGUACAAUAAUUUCAUAACAUUUUGUAGCUAUGUUUGGUUCUUCAUUAUACAAAACAUCGUCUGUGUUAAUCAGACGCGGAAACAAUCUCUGGUGCUUCAUUAGACCAGGUAGAAGGAAAUUUUCUAUCACAAAUGUCAAUCAGAGGAAAGAAAAGGACACUUUUGGUGAACUGGACGUGCCCGAUGAUAGACUAUACGGCGCUCAGACCGUCAGGUCUGUCAUGAACUUCCCCAUCGGCGGCAUCGCAGAACGUAUGCCAUAUCCAGUGAUCGUCGCUUUUGGCAUAUUGAAGAAGGCGGCCGCUAAAGUAAACAUUGAAUUCGGUCUCGAUAAGAAAAUUGCCGAAGCUAUCAUGCAGGCGUGCGAUGAUGUCAUCUCCGGCAAGCUGUACAACGAGGGUCACUUCCCUCUGGUCAUCUGGCAGACGGGCUCCGGCACGCAGUCCAACAUGAACACAAACGAAGUUAUCUCCAACCGAGCUAUUCAGAUCCUUGGUGGGAAGCUCGGCAGCAAGGACCCUGUCCACCCAAAUGAUCACGUGAACAAAUCCCAGAGCUCAAACGACACUUAUCCUACAGCUAUGCACAUAGCCGUAGCUAUGGAGCUGAGAGACCGAUUAAUGCCUGGCCUGGUCUGCCUGAGAGACACGUUGAAAAAUAAAUCGAAAGAGUUCGAGAAAAUCAUCAAGAUCGGCCGAACACAUCUCAUGGACGCCGUGCCCUUGACUCUCGGACAAGAGUUCAGUGCCUAUACGACACAACUGGAUUUCGGCAUUCAGCGGGUGUGUGCUACGCUUCCAAGGCUACACUACUUGGCACUGGGCGGCACUGCCGUCGGUACCGGCCUGAACACAAGAAUUGGUUUCGCGGAGAAAUGCGCUGCAGAGAUAGCUAAUCUCACAGGCAUUCCCUUCGAAACUGCGCCUAACAAGUUUGAAGGGCUGGCCUGUCAUGACUGUAUGGUUGAAGUCUCCGGGGCUCUGAACACCAUUGCUGUAUCACUUAUGAAGAUUGCCAAUGACAUCCGCUUGCUGGCCUCUGGACCUAGAUGUGGGCUUGCCGAACUACUGCUACCUGAGAAUGAACCUGGAUCCUCUAUCAUGCCGGGGAAGGUGAACCCUACGCAGUGUGAAUCACUAACAAUGAUUGCUGCGCAGGUGAUGGGAAACCAUGUGGCGUGUACAAUCGGUGGCAGUAAUGGUCACUUUGAGCUGAACGUGUUCAAACCGAUGAUGGUGGCUAACGUUCUCCACUCUAUCACACUUAUUGGCGAUGGAUGUCGAUCUUUCAACAAAAACUGUGCAGUGGGCAUUCAAGCUAACACGAAACAGAUAGAAAAGAUCAUGCGAGAGUCUCUUAUGCUGGUAACUGCCCUCAACCCGCAUAUUGGAUAUGAUAAAGCUGCUCAAAUUGCGAAGACAGCACAUAAAGAAGGCGGCAACCUUAAGGACACGGCAAUCAAACUUGGUAUUUUAACAGCGGAACAAUUCGACGAGUGGGUCAAGCCAGAAAACAUGUUGGGGCCAAAGUAACACUGGCGUCGCAAAGCUAUUGAGUUUUAGGUGUAAAUAUUACUGAGUCGACUUCAAGAGGUAUGUAUCAAAAGUUUAAAUGAUAUAGCAAUAGAACAAUAACGGCUUUUCGAAAGAUUUCAAGAAAACGUAUGACAACAGCGAUUUAAACGGGGCGGUUAAGAAGUUUUGGUCCAAAUUAUAGUAUUUCGCCCGUAUGGUCCCGGUCUGUUUCUCCCUGAAAGGGACAAAAUACCUAUAAUUAUGAUGUCAUUAAAAUGAUUGUAACAAAUGUUUAAUGCUUGAUAUUUAAUUUUAAUUAGUACGAAUUUUUAGGGAUACAUUAUAUUAUAUCUCUUCAAAAUAAAUAUAAAUUUUA